AUGCUUCAAGAACAAAUUGUGUGGUGGUUAAUGACUUGGAAAGAAUGUGAAGCGGUGGAGCGUAAAACAGACACCAAAUUUUUAAUUCCCGUCGGUUUGAUUAAAAAAGUGAAGAAGGUGAAUGAAGAGAAUAGACAAGAAAAUCAAUUGAACAAAUCGAUUCACUGUUCAAGAAAGCGAGAAACACAAUGUCUUUUGAGAACGUGCUUUCGAACAUUUGGCUUCAACUUCAUCAUAAUACCUUCAUUUCGUUUGUCAAUAUUUGCUUCCGUCUAUGUUUGCUUUUUCAUCGUUCGUCAUGAAAUAGAGAAGUUAACAUUAAAAAGACAAGUUGUGGUGAUAAAUAGUUGA